AUGGAACCGGACAAAUAUUUAAUCCUAAAAGAAGCACUGGAAGCUACGCGUCAUGCUAUUAUAGAAGAGGCCGAUGAAGAAGUUAUUAUAGAUCCUGCAGGAUAUAAUAAUUAUUUGCGGUUAAAUAAAAGUCAAUUUGAAUUAUUACUACGCCUUAUUCAGCCGCAAAUAGAACGCUCCAGCACGUUAAUGAGAGAAACAACUUCUGCAGCGGAAAAGUUAGCGCUAACUUUGCGAUUCCUUGCUACAGGAGAAUCGUUUAUAAGUUUAAACUAUCAAUCCCGUCUAUCAACGUCGUUCAUCUGCCGGACUAUACCAGAGGUGUGUGAAGCAAUUUAUGGGAAGUUGAAAGAAUCGUUUUUGCAGGUACCAAGUAACGCUUUAGAAUGGGAACUCAUAUCCAAGGAUUUUGCUAUAAAAUGGCAAUUUCCAAACUGUCUGGGUGCUUUGGACGGAAAGCACAUUAACUUUCGAGUCUCGCGUACGCAAGGUGCUUUCUAUCACAAUUACAAGGGCACCAACAGCAUAAUUUUAUUGGCUCUUGUUGAUGCCCACUGCCGAUUUUUAUUUGUGGAUGUAGGAACAAAUGGACGUGCAAACGAUGCCGGUGUGCUACAACGAAGUCCACUCAAACAAAUUCUAGAAAACGAAGAAAGCUUGCCACGAGACUCUGCAGUGGGUAGAAGACGUAAUUUGCCGUACGUCGUCGUAGCGGAUGAUGCUUUCCCUCUACAGAGACACAUUAUGAAACCUUAUCCAUAUCAUACGAACAACAAAAAGAAGCAAAUAUAUAACUUACGUUUAUCACGAGCAAGACACGUCGUAGAGCAUGCUUUUGGCAUACUUUGUAAUAGAUUCCGUGUUUUUUUAACAACUAUGAACGUAAAGGUUGAGACAGUUGAAAAAAUCACUUUGGCGUGUAUCGUGCUUCACAAUUUUCUCUUGCAAGCUGACCAUAAUUACAUAAAUUCCUAUACUUCGAAUAGCAGUACUACGCUGAGUACUGCUUCAGAUGGGCCAUAUAAUCCACGUAAAGGAGAAGCCGAACGCAUUAGACAGGAUUUUACUGAAUACUUCUGCGAAGAAGGCAAAUUAGACUGGGUUAAUCAGAAGUUAAAUUAA